GACCAGACUAUUUCGUAGUAAUGAAUCCAGAUCAAGCGAAAUUAAUCAAUGGAGUGACAUUUAUCCAGGCUAGAGAGGAAGAAGAACAGUGGUUUGAAGACAAUGAGCCAUGGUGUUCAUCAACUUUUAAAGACAGACUUGGCGUAAAACGGCUAAGAACAAAGCUGGAAAAUUUGCUUAUAGAAAAAAUUAGAGAAAAUAUUCCUAAACUUACGGAUGAGAUAAGCAAUAGAUUAAUGGAGGCGAAUGGUAAAUUGAACGAAUUACCGCCACCUCCCGCUAAUGCUCAAUUCGAAAUCAACAGAGUGACAAACAAGUGUGAAAAUGAACUUCGUCACAAGCUUAACACUGUAACUGAUUCGAACAACGGAAACGACAGUUUGUGGCAAAAAAUAAAAAGACAACUGGAUGAGUAUAAUAUGGCAAUCAAAAGCAAAAGACCGGCGUUUGUGUUAACGUUUGGAGGUGUACAGAGAACGCUCCUUGUAGACGUUUUGCAAAAUAUUCCCACAGUAAACCGUAAUGUGACAUAUAGUUCAAUCGUCGUAACCACCAUGGAAACUGUAAAGAAACAUGAAGGUUCGCUAAGUAGUGAGGCAUUUAUCAAGGAAACAACAAAUGUUAAGGACAUAAUUGACCAAAGUAGAG